AUGAGGCUGUGCAUCAACUAUCGUGAGCUGAACCAAGUCACUAUCAAGAACAAGUACCCUCUACCGCGGAUUGACGAUUUGUUUGAUCAACUCCGAGGCGCCGGAGUGUUUUCUAAGAUUGACCUAAGAUCUGGAUAUCAUCAGUUGAAGGUGGCAGAUAGGGACAUUCCUAAGACCGCAUUCAGGACUCGUUACGGACACUACGAGUUCACGGUGAUGCCGUUCGGUUUGAUAAACGCCCCCGCAGUAUUCAUGGAUUUGAUGAAUCGGGUGUUCAAGCCUCAUCUCGGCGAUUUUGUAAUCGUGUUUAUCGAUGACAUCCUUGUGUACUCUCGGGAUAAGGAAGAGCAUGUAGGGCAUCUUCGGACAGUACUCCAGAUUCUGAGGGAAAAGCAGUUGUAUGCCAAGCUCUCGAAAUGUGAAUUCUGGAAGGAUAGUGUGGCAUUCUUGGUUCAUGUGAUCGAUAGCAAAGGCAUCUCGGUGGAUCCGGAUAAGAUUCGGUCGGUGAAGGAGUGGACUGUGCCGACAACCGUGGCGGAAAUAAGAAGCUUCCUUGGGUUAGCGGGUUAA